CACUCUCCUCCCACUCACGUGACUCUCUCUGCAGUCGUGUGGAGUAAAGACGGCCAACAGUUGGAAAAUGAGCGCAGAUUUCAAAUCGAUUCAAACGGCGUUCAAAUCAAUGACGAGAUCCGCGUCUCCGACGGCGGUGUGUUCCGCGUGCGCGCUCUCGUCACCGAAACGGGACGCAUACAUGACACUUUUAUUACGGUUCAGAUUUUCGGUCAGUUUUGGCGCUCUUUUCGCAUAUUCUUCGCUCAUUUUCUCUCCCUUUCAGAGCCGCCACAAGUCGUCCAAUUGGCCGAACAUUUCGAGGGAACCGAAGGCCAAGAGGCAACUCUCAAGUGUUUCGCGAAAGGCGUUCCCCAACCCCUCAUCACAUGGUUGGAUCCCAACAAACGAAACCUCUCGUCGGUGGGCGGAUACGUCGUCGACCGCAACGGCGGCGCUCUCAUAGUGUCGCGCGUGCGGAAGGAGGAGGACAGCGGGCAGUUCACGUGCAUCGCGCAGAACACUGCGGGCGAAGAGCGCCGAACGACGACUUUCGUCGUUUUGCGUCCGCCGAGAAUCACGUCUUUCGCGAACAAGAGUUUCGACGCAAACAAGGAAUCGCUUCUCGAGUGUCGCGCCACCGGCGAACCGACGCCCAAACUGUCGCUGCGCCGCGACGGCGACUCUCGCGAACUGACGGCCGGCGACCCGCGCGUGACGCUCACCACAACUCAAGAGCCGAACGAAGAGACGCUUUUGUCGCUCCGAUUGUCGCAAACCCGUCGCGAAGACGACGGCCUCUACUUCUGCAGAGCGAGCAACAGAGGCGGAGUCGUCGAGAGCGCCGGACACCUCGAAGUGCGUUUCGCUCCCGACUUGAGUCGAACGCCGGCAACAGUCGUCAAGACUUGGAAUUUGCAGCCAAUCAACAUGACGUGUGUGGCGGACGCCGUGCCGAACGCGACGAUUCGCUGGUGGUUUAGAGGUCAAGACCUGUCCCUCUCUCCCAUUGGCUCGCUUUACACCAUUGAAUCCAAUUCAGCCGGAGUUUCGCGACUUCACGUCAACUCGCGUUCGGCCACAGGAUCCGCGUUCAGAGACAUCUUCGGCCAAUACCGUUGCGAAGCGUUCAACAGUUUGGGCGCCGAUCAGCGCGUUAUCCAAUUAGAGGAAGCCUUUCGUCCGGGCGCUAUUCUGCAGUCGACUCAACACUUGAUAACUCCCACAACAAUCACAUUCCGCAUAAUGGCGCCUUCUUUCGACAGCGGCGUGAGUCCACUCCCCGCCCCCACC